UCUCACCGGAGCAGCUUCCUCACUGGUCAUUUCAAUGUAUAAGUUCUUAUCACUAGAGAGAUUUCUUCAAUGCCGACUUUCUCUCCGAUUCUAACUCCGUUCAACCUUUUCUCAUCAUUUUAGUUCUGUAACCGCUAUUCUUACUUCACAGAGCUUAGAUUUAGGUAUAACUAAAUGCAGCCGCCUCCAAUGACAAUUAUAUAUUAGCAAUGGCAGCGAGUUCAAACGGUGUCGGUGCUCAAUUCGACCUGUGGAUGAGAACGAAGGUCGCCUUGUCUCUUUCACAAAACAAUCAGAUAUCCCAGUGGAAUAAGAGUAAGAAGAUUUGCUUUCCUGUAAAAUGUAGACGAGAAGUUUGCUCGACUAAGUUCUGUCGCUCCGAUUCGCUAGUCUCCAUUAGGAGAAAUGCUGGCUCCGAGAAAUCAGAAGAUUGGAGAGCUAGAAUUCAAGCCGCAUCUCCAUCGUCCUUUGCUUCUCCUCACUUCAGACCUAGAUUUCAGACUCCUUUGUCCAAUAACAGUUUUAGUGGAUUUUCCAUCAUUCCAGAUAACCCUGUUAACCCUUUUCCAAAUCCUAGAUUUCAGUCUGUGUUUGCGGAUCAUGGAAGUUCAUUCACGAGCUACGAAUUCGGGAUUCCUUUCACUUCGAAUGAUGUUCCAACAAACAAUUUGAUUUCUACUUCCACUUUAACUUACGAAGAAGAUCCUCACGAAGACUGUGAUUUCUCAGAUGCAGUUUUGCAAUACAUAAACCAGAUCCUUAUGAAAGAAGAUAUGGAAGAGAAAACCUGCAUGCUUCAAGAGUCUUUAGAUCUUCAAGCUGCUGAGAAAUCAUUUUACGAUGUCAUUGGAAAGAAGUAUCCACCAUCGCCUCAAAUCGAUCGAGCCAACAAUGGUGUUAUUGAUGGCUGUUUCCUUGACUCCCCAAUAAGCCAUCUUCAGUUAUCAGAUCUAUAUGGCGGUAACCAGUCUGUUUGGCAGUUCAAUAAGGGAGUUGAAGAAGCAAACAAAUUUCUUCCCAAAAGUAGUGAGUUGUUGAUUAAUUUUGCAGCCAACAAAACGCCGGUCAAGAAGGCUGCUGUUGACAUUGUUCGAGAUUUGACUGGUUCUGAAGAGGGCUUGCUGUCUCUUUCUGCUUACUCGAAUACUGCUUUGGCUUCACUUGCUAGCCUCAUGUCUGAAAAAAAGGAGGUAUCUGAACCUGCAGUUGAAGCUCUUAUUAACCUAUCACAAAACUCAGAUUUGUCUGCUAAAAUGGUUUCAAUGGGAAUGAUUAAAACUGUAAUGGAUAUAUUAUACAAGCCAGAUGCCUGCAUUACAAGGUUGCUUGUUAUGUUACUGGUUAAUCUCACCCGUAUAGAUACUGGAAUAGCUGCCUUACUUCAGGUUGAUGAUGAGAAGAUGCAUGGCCUGUAUGUUAUGAAGCUUGUGAGAUCAUUCUGCAUUUCUACAGAGAAGAAUGGUGAUCCUUUUGAACAUGUUGGUUCAAUACUUGUGAAUAUAUCACAGUGGGAAGCAAGAAAGAAACUUUUAGUGGACCCCAAGCGAGGACUUCUUAAGCAAAUUACUAGGCAAUUUGAUUCAACAAAUCUGUUGAGAAAGAAAGGGGUUUCUAGAACAAUUCGUAAUUGCUGUUUUGAAGCGGAUAGUCAGAUACAGAAUUUACUCCUUAUAUCAGAAUUUCUCUGGCCAACUCUACUUCUUCCUGUUGCUGGAAAUAAGAUUUACAGUGAAGAGGAUACCUCAAAGAUGCCACGUGAACUUGGGAUUGUGCUCUCAAUUGAGCGCGAACCAGUUGAUGACCCCUUAUCUUGUGCUAGUUCUGGUAUGUUCUUGAACCUAAGUGCUGUUAUGCUCCGGCUUUGUGAGCCUUUUCUGGAUACAAAUAUGUCAAAGAGAGACAAAAUUGACCCUGGCUACGCAUUCUACAGCAGUCGUUUGGAACUAAAAAAAUUGACUGCUAUACAUGCUUCGUCCGAAGAGGUUACUGAGUGGUUGAACAAAAAGAAUAGUGUGCAAGACGCCGGAGGAGAGCAUAGGGCCGGUUGGAGUUCUGUUUUUCUUUUGUUAUGUUGCGUUUCCCUCAACUUCUGUUGAAGUUUCAAAGAGACCCCUGGGUCUCUUUUAUUUUUAAAUAAGCCUGACAACUUUAAUUUCGAAUUAAUUUAUUAAUUCAAAAUUAAAGUAGUCCCUGAUCUUUUCCUGAUGUCUUAAUUGGACCCCUAAACUUUCUUUUCCUUUUAUUUUAAUUUAAAACUUUCAAAAAAAAAAAAAAUUAAAAAUACAAUAAACUUAAGGUCCUGUUUGUUUCUCAAAUUUUACAAACGACUUUAAAAUGAGGAUUCGGGCAUUCAA